CUCGCUACCGUCCCGUUCUUCUCCGUGCAGGUCCAGCAUGCCAGCCAACAGAUCACGGCCGAUAAGCAGUACAAGGGCAUCAUGGACUGCAUAGUCCGCAUCCCCAAGGAGCAAGGCUUCGCUUCCUUCUGGAGAGGCAACAUGGCCAAUGUCAUCCGGUACUUCCCCACCCAGGCCCUCAACUUCGCCUUCAAGGACAAGUACAAGCAGAUCUUCCUGGGGGGAGUGGACAGGCACAAGCAGUUCUGGCGCUACUUCGCAGGGAACCUCGCGUCCGGGGGCGCUGCGGGAGCCACCUCGCUCUGCUUCGUGUACCCGCUGGAUUUCGCCCGGACCCGGCUGGCAGCUGACGUGGGCAAAGGAUCGGCUGAGAGGCAGUUCGCUGGGCUGGGCGACUGCAUUGCCAAGAUCUUUAAGUCGGAUGGCUUGAAGGGCCUGUACCAAGGAUUUAGCGUGUCUGUCCAGGGCAUCAUCAUCUACAGAGCAGCCUAUUUUGGGGUGUACGAUACGGCCAAGGGUAUGUUGCCUGAUCCAAAGAAUGUGCAUAUCAUAGUGAGCUGGAUGAUUGCCCAGAGUGUUACUGCAGUGGCAGGGCUGGUUUCUUACCCUUUUGAUACUGUGCGACGUAGGAUGAUGAUGCAGUCUGGCCGAAGGGGAGCUGAUAUUAUGUACACGGGCACAAUUGAUUGCUGGAAGAAGAUAGCUAAAGAUGAAGGAACCAAUGCAUUCUUCAAAGGUGCCUGGUCGAAUGUGUUGAGAGGCAUGGGCGGAGCUUUUGUAUUGGUACUUUAUGAUGAAAUCAAGAAGUAUGUGUAAAACUUAACAUCGAAACGUAGUAGUUCAAUUGAUCUACAUCAGCUUUUUAAGAAAUAUGCUCUUGUGAUGCAAUGGACAAUGAAAUAUUUCCUAGGGAAACAGAAUAAAAUUUGAGUAACGUAUCUGAGAGAUGAGGAUGCAUUAAUUUAAAAAUUGUCCAUUAUAUCACAGAUACAUUUGUGUAUGAGAUCCUUCAGCAUUUGUAAUGGAACCUGUGUAUAUAUUAUAUAUCAAAUUGCAGGUAAUUUAUUUUGUCUAGAGACAAGACUUAGGUGGUCUAUACCUAGUCUAAAAUCUAAUAUUGUGAACUCUUAAGAGUGA